UCGACAUCUCGGCAGCUGCUCGUCACACUGACCCCCGCUGUCUCUUCGCUCUUCUUGGGGUUUCUGUCAACUGGUGCUGGAGGGAGAAAAAAACUCUUUGGAGAGUAACCUUUUAUUGUGGUCAUGCCAGAACCCACUAAGAAAGAGGAAAAUGAAGUGUCAGCCCCAGCUCCUCCCCCAGAAGAACCAAGCAAAGAGAAAGAGGCAGGAACCGCGCCAGCAAAAGAGGAAGAUGAGGUCUCUCCGCCGAGUGCCCUGCCUCCAGGUUUGGGUAGUCGGGCCCUGGAGAGAAAAGACUCAGAAUGGUCUCUCGGUGAGUCACCUGCUGGCGGAGAGGAGCAGGACAAACAGAACGCCAACUCUCAGCUGUCCACCCUCUUGAUUGAAAAACCUCAAACAGGAUCAGUGAAAGUUGGUGAAAACAUCACCUUUAUAGCCAAAGUCAAGGCUGAAGAUCUUCUUAGGAAACCUACUAUCAAAUGGUUCAAAGGGAAAUGGAUGGAUCUGGCCAGCAAAGCCGGGAAACACCUACAACUAAAGGAGACCUUUGAGAGGCACACUCGGAUAUACACAUUCGAGAUGCAGAUCAUCAAAGCCAAAGAGAACUAUGCAGGAAAUUACAGGUGUGAGGUCACCUACAAGGAUAAAUUUGACAGCUGUUCAUUCGAUCUUGAAGUGCAUGAAUCUACUGGGACUACUCCAAACAUUGACAUCAGAUCUGCCUUCAAGAGAAGUGGAGAAGGUCAAGAGGACGCAGGGGAACUUGACUUUAGUGGUCUCCUGAAACGUAGGGAGGUGAAGCAGCAGGAGGAGGAGCCCGAGAUAGACGUGUGGGAGCUGCUGAAGAAUGCCAACCCCAACGAGUACGAGAAGAUCGCUUUCCAGUAUGGCAUCACCGACCUGCGUGGCAUGCUGAAGCGGCUCAAGCGCAUGCGCAGGGUGGAGAAGAAGAGCGCAGCCUUUGCAAAAAUUCUCGAUCCUGCGUAUCAGAUUGAUAAAGGGGGCAGAGUGAGAUUUGUUGUGGAGUUGGCAGAUCCAAAGCUGGAGGUGAAAUGGUUUAAAAAUGGUCAAGAAAUUCGGCCCAGCACAAAAUACAUCUUUGAACACAAAGGAAACGAGAGGAUCAUGUUUAUUAAUAACUGUGCACUGACAGAUGAUUCGGAAUAUUAUGUGACAGCUGGAGAUGAGAAAUGUUCUACCGAGCUCUUCGUGAGAGAGCCUCCAAUUAUGGUGACGAAGCAACUGGAAGACAUGAACGCUUACUGCGGGGAGCGAGUGGAGCUGGAAGUUGAGGUGUCAGAAGACGAUGCCAAUGUAAAAUGGUUUAAGAAUGGUGAAGAGAUUGUACCAGGUCCAAAGUCAAGAUACAAAAUUAAAGUUGAGGGCAAGAAGCACAUUUUGAUCAUAGAAGGUGCGACAAAGGCUGACAGUGCCGAGUACUCAGUCAUGACAACCGGGGGACAAUCAUCGGCUAAACUAAGCGUCGACUUGAGGCCUCUUAAGAUCACAACACCUCUGACCGAUCAGACUGUAAAACUUGGAAAAGAAGUGUGUUUGAAGUGUGAAAUCUCUGAAAAUGUGCCAGGAAAAUGGACAAAAAAUGGGCUCCCUGUUCAGGAGAGUGACCGUUUGAAGGUUGUUCACAAAGGAAGAAUCCACAAAUUAGUCAUAGCCAAUGCUCUCACUGAAGAUGAAGGUGAAUACGUGUUUACACCAGAUGCCUACAAUGUUCCUAUGUCUGCCAAAGUUCAUGUCAUUGAUCCUCCCAAGAUCAUCCUGGAUGGCCUCGAUGCUGACAACACCGUGACAGUGAUUGCUGGAAGCAAGCUUCGUCUUGAGAUCCCUGUCACAGGGGAACCGCCUCCCAAAGCCAUCUGGAGCCGAGCAGACAAGGCUAUUAUGGAGGGCAGUGGCCGGAUCAGGGCGGAAUCCUACCCUGACAGCAGCACGCUGGUCAUUGAUGUGGCAGAGAGAGAUGACUCUGGUGUGUACAACAUAAAUCUGAAAAACGAAGCUGGAGAAGCGCAUGCAAGCAUCAAGAUUAAAGUUGUGGACAUCCCAGAUCCUCCAGUAGCACCAAAUGUGACAGAGGUGGGAGAUGACUGGUGUAUCAUGAACUGGGAGCCUCCUGUCUACGAUGGAGGGUCACCAAUCCUGGGGUACUUUAUUGAGAGGAAAAAGAAACAAAGCUCUAGGUGGAUGCGUCUGAAUUUUGAUCUCUGCAAAGAAACAACUUUUGAGCCCAAGAAGAUGAUUGAAGGUGUGGCCUACGAGGUCCGCAUCUUUGCGGUCAAUGCCAUUGGCAUCUCCAAGCCCAGCAUGCCAUCCAAGCCCUUUGUUCCUUUGGCGGUGACCAGCCCUCCUACUCUCCUGGCUGUUGACUCUGUCACUGACUCAUCCGUGACAAUGAAGUGGAGGCCGCCAGACCAGAUUGGCGCAGCAGGUUUAGAUGGCUAUGUGCUAGAGUAUUGCUUUGAAGGAAGUUUAAAAAGUACAUCAGCCAAACAGCCUAAUGAGAAUGGGGAGGCUGCGUAUGAUCUACCAGCUGAGAACUGGAUAGUUGCAAAUACAGACCUGAUCGACAAGACAAAGUUCACCAUCAAUGGUCUGCCCACGGAUGCAAAGAUCUUCGUACGUGUGAAGGCCAUUAACGCAGCUGGGGCAAGUGAGCCCAAAUACUAUUCCCAGCCCAUUCUUGUGAAGGAGGUCAUAGAGGCACCAAAGAUUCGCAUCCCAAGGCACCUGAAGCAGACUUACAUCCGCAGAGUUGGAGAGGCUGUCAAUCUGGUUAUCCCCUUCCAGGGCAAACCAAGACCAGAACUGACCUGGAAGAAGGAUGGUCAGGAAAUCGAUAAGAAUCAAAUAAACAUUCGCAACUCAGAGACCGACACCAUCAUAUUCAUCAGGAAGGCAGAGAGGAGCCACUCUGGCAAGUAUGACCUGCGGGUCAAAGUGGACAAGUACGAGGAAAGCGCCUCCAUCGACAUUCAGAUCGUAGACCGCCCGGGCCCGCCCCAAGCUGUGACUAUUGAAGACGUGUGGGGAGAGAAUGUUGCUCUGACAUGGACACCACCCAAGGACGAUGGCAAUGCGGCCAUCACCGGGUACACCAUCCAGAAGGCCGACAAGAAGAGCAUGGAAUGGUUCACUGUCAUCGAGCAUUACCACCGAACCAAUGCCACCAUUACUGAGCUGGUCAUAGGGAACGAGUAUUACUUCCGGGUCUUUGCUGAAAACAUGUGUGGCCUCAGCGAGGAUGCGACGAUGACUAAGGAGAGCGCUGUGAUUGCUAAGGAUGGUAAAAUCUACAAAAAUCCAGUAUAUGAAGACUUUGACUUCACAGAGGCCCCCAUGUUUACUCAGCCUUUGGUUAACACCUACGCCAUCGCUGGUUACAAUGCCACCCUGAACUGCAGCGUCCGAGGAAAUCCUAAGCCCAAAAUCACCUGGAUGAAAAACAAAGUAGCUAUUGUGGAUGACCCAAGAUACAGGAUGUUGAGCAACCAAGGAGUCUGUACCCUGGAGAUCCGCAAGCCCAGUCCCUAUGAUGGAGGCACUUACUGCUGCAAAGCAGUCAACGACCUGGGGACAGUGGAGAUUGAAUGCAAACUGGAGGUGAAAGUUGUAGCACAGUAAGGAUUUUUGAAUGUAUAUUGUCACCUAAGGUGGGCUGUCUUUCUGCAGGCUCCUCCUGCAAGGUGUGCCUCCAAACAUAAUUGAUUCAUAUUUGCGAGACUUACAAUCAAGCAAUCCUGAGGAAUACUGAGGGCUGGGCACUGCCUCUAGAAACAACACUGCUUUGAAAUUUGAUUGAAAAAAGAAAGCACUUUCUGGUUUUUCUCCCAGGCCCCCAAGCGUGGUCAUUUUCUCUCUUCCUUACCUUGAAGAAAAAAAUUGUUUGCACAGAUUGCUUAAUUAAAAAUAGCGAACAAAA